UGCGGCACAAUGCAGCAAGACACAAGAAGCGGCGUGGCGUUGCCAAUGGCAGACCAAUAAGCGACAACAUGUGCUGCUGUUGCGGCCUGCGCGUGACCACCAUAUGCGCUUCCGUCUUCUCCCUGGUGCAAAGCUUGAUAGGCAUCGCUUUCUCGGUCUUUAUCAUCGUGAACUACAACAACUGCUUUAAGUGGUUCCAAAUUGACAACACAUUUUAUAUUUUCUACUUUUACAAACCAGAAUGCUUUUACACAGGGAAGGUAAUGAUCAGCGUGGAGUACAACUUCGUGGAUCGAACCCUCACGUGGGGGAUAGCUUACCUAGCGCUGAACUCUGCUUGGUUGGUAUCAUCCUUUUUAAUGGCAGUUUGCUCCUGUGUUGAUAACCCAAAAAAGACAGUGACGUACUUCUUGUACAGUCCGUGGAUGAUGGCAACUACUGCCAUUGUCAUAGCGGACUUGGCAGCUGCAAUUGUACAUUUCGCUGACAUCAGUCAACUUCAGGGUUUGUUGGACCAAGUGAGUGACGCUGCCACGUGGUGGCAAAUAGUCCUCGGUCCUUUGGCGAUGGGUUUAAUCUUCUCCCGGUUCAUCAUCGGUUGGAUUAUAAACCUCGGCAUGCUGAUAUGCGUCAGUAUAGCUAUCGUAAUAUUGUGGAAGAAAUCUGACAAUCCUAAGGUGUCGCCGCCUCGGCCGGGCGCCCCGCCGCUUGAGGAGUCCGACUAUGUCGCGGGGUGCGGCCCGCGCCAGGUGGAGCGAGCCCAGCCCGGCCGGCGAGAGGUCCACCUCGAGGACCCCGGCGGCCACUUCGUGGGCUCGCGCGUGCAGAGCCUCAUCAGUCAGCAGCCCAGAGUCAUCGUGCCCGACCCGCGGUACAGAGAAGCGUACGUGAACCGCGAGGAAGAGAAAAAUCAAAGUAAAGCUCCCAAAGGUUACUUUCCGGACGAGUCAAGUUCGCAGCUAUAUGACAAGGACGAGCCGCGGGCGAGCUACGGCGGCACCGCGGUGCGCAACCAGCUGCCGUGGUCCUACUUCCAGAGCCAGGCCGACCCUCGCCGGCCCAUCCCCCGGCAGCCCGGCGCAGGGGAGGGUCUGGACCGGCCCCCCGUGCCCGUGCCCGACUACACGCUGCACAUCGGCAAGCGGCCCAAGGACAGCCGCCAGCGCCAGCGGCGGUCCUCCCGUGAAGCAGAUGUCCUCUACUGAAAAACUGGUGACGAAGAAAUAGUGAAGGCAGCAUUUUAUAAGCAUUUAAUAUACCUUAUGCCUAAGUACAUAAGAAAAUUUUACUAUUCAUGAUGCAAAAUUAAUUCCACCGUCAUGUAUGCUCAUUGAUUGGCUGCAGGAAAACUUGAAUAAAAUAGAUGCCCAAACGAUAA